AUGCGUUUACAAAGAAAUUGUGAUGUGAACGAUAAGGAGAGAUUAGAAUGGUUUUCAAAUUGGUUAUUGUCUAUUGGUGAUGGCAAGAUAGGUGAACCACAUGACGGUGUUGCUAACAUUGGUAUUCCUGCAAAUUUUCUUCUUCCAUCAUCUCCAAAUCUAAUCAAUGCAAUGUUUCAAUCAACAUAUGGUGAUUUAUUUGAAAAUAUUUCAUCGUCCCAAUACUUCAAUGAUAGAGCUAUAUUGGCAUCACACAUUGAAACUGUUAAUCAGAUCAAUGAGCACAUGUGUGCCAUGUUGCCAGGCGAGUUACAUGACUUCUUCAGUUGUGAUUCAGUUUGCAAAUCAAAUGAAGAUUGUGAUGGCAUGGACAACUUAUACCCAACAGAAUUCUUGAAUACAAUCAAUUGCUCAGGUAUGCCACCUCACAAAUUACAGUUAAAAAUUGGAGCACCUAUAAUGUUGUUGAGGAACAUUGACCAAGUUGCAGGUUUGUGUAAUGGGACACGUCUUCGUAUUACCCAUCCUGGUAAAAGUGUCAUUGAAGCUAUCACUUUGAAAGCAUUAUCUGGAGUCACAAGCAUUGAUGGAUUGAAGGUUGUUGUUGACGAUUCUAAAUGUGGUGCUUCAAAUUCAACCAUAAAUGUAGUUUAUCAAGAAGUGUUUAGGAACAUUGACUGA